GCAGGAUGGAAACAUGGCUGCCAGUAAUUCAGAAGUCAACAAAAAUUGUCAAAGAUGGUCGGAAAACCAAAUAAGAAAGUACACAUUUCCGACACAACCCAUCCCAAGACUUAGCUGUAAAGAUCAAGAAACAAACCGGCGAAUAGCAGCCGGGGAACCAGUUGUGAUUACAGAUUCCCAUUUGGUCUCCACAGCAUUAAAAUGGAAUCUGGACUACCUAAGAGCAAAUAUGGGCGACGGAGACUUUACCGUCUACAUGUCGGACAACCACAGGUUCAUGUAUUUCGAUGAAAAAAAAUUUGUAAAAAGAAAAGACUUUACUCCGCCGACUGGGAGACAAGAUAUCAAAUUCUCUGAAUUCGUUGAAAGAUUACGGAAUGCAAAACCUGGAGACAAGAGAUUAUACCUUCAACAGACACUGAAUGAUUUAGUUGGGAAACAGAUAGUGAUGGACUUCUUGGGGUUCAAUUGGGAUUAUGUAACCACACACCAGAGGAAGAAUAACUGGGGUCCUUUAACAUCAAACCUCCUACUGAUUGGAAUGGAAGGAAAUGUUACACCGUGCCAUUAUGAUGAACAAGAAAACUUUUUCUGCCAAGUAUACGGGUACAAAAGGUGCUUGUUAUUUCCGCCAUCCAUGUUCGACUGUCUGUAUGCCUAUCCAAUAUAUCAUCCACAUGACAGACAGAGCCAGGUUGACUUUGAAAAUCCCGAUUUUGAUAAAUUUCCUAAGUUCCGUGAUGUAUUGGGUUAUGAAGCAGUGGUUGGUCCAGGAGAUGUGCUGUAUAUUCCAAUGUACUGGUGGCACCAAAUUGAGUCGUUGCUCGGGGGCGGCGAGACAGUCUCCGUCAACUUCUGGUACAAGGCGAGUUCGGUGUCGAAGGUUGAGUAUCCGCUGAAGGAUCAUCAAAAAGUGGCCAUGAUGAGGAACAUUGAAAAGAUUAUAUCAGACGCAUUGAAUGACUAUGAAGAGGUUGAUCCAUUUUUGCAGAAAAUGAUUUGCGGUCGGUACAUGGAUAUGUCCAAAAUUGGAAACAGCUGAAGAUGUAAGAAAGACUGUUGAUACGGUUGUGUGGUUGCUACGAAAUACCGUCGGAGACAAAACACAAAUAGGACAAUUCCUCAUCACCAAUAGAAGUGGAAGUUUUUGACAUUUGAUAAUCCAAUUGAAAGGUUGAAAUCAAAAUAUAAUGAGAAUUAAUAAUGUUGUGGGAUGUAUGAUAAAAUAUGCUGUGGUAAUGAUUAUGACAAAACGUCUCCAGAUCCUAGACCUGACAUAGUAAUGCCUCUCAUUCCUUUGAUCUCAGUUAGCAACUCUGUGGCAUAAAAAUCAAAAUGUUCAGUCUACAAGUAUAAACAUCAACAUGAGAUAGAAGUGAGGGAACUUGGAAUAUUGUAAACAGGUGCUAUAAGUUUCUCUCUUGAAAUCCAUGAUCCAGUGUGGCCUUCUGUCUUUAUGUUUGAAGAUAUGACGCAUCAACGAUGUGUAGCUCUCAAUGGUUGUGUCAAAAUAGUUUACAGCCAUCUGUGCUGGAAGUGUCAGACAGGUAUUCUGUGGUCGUGGAAAAAUGUAACAUAGUGACUUCGAUGAUAAUGAAAAUGGACAAUUGGCAGGGUUUUCUGUUUCCAUAGCUGAUGAGUGAAGAAUUAUGUGCCUCUAAGGCACGGAGAGGACGAAGGAAGAUUGUGUUUCCGUAUUGAUGAAGAUUCCACCAUUCUAAAUGGGUUUGAUUACUUUCUGCCAAUGAUCAUGUAAAAAAGAUAAGUUUAUGGUUGUGAUUGUGUAGGUGAGAUAUAAGGAGGAUACCGGUUGUUUGCCUAUGCCUUUUAUCGGGGUGUAAUCAUAAGUGGCUAGAAAGGGCUUCUCAAGAAACAUAAUUCAAAUAGUCGGCAUGUUUCAUGUAAUUCAAUUGCCAGGAUGACGCCAUUUCAUUCUUUGAAUUUUAGAGGUUACGAUUAAAUCUGUAGUUUUUUAACUUCUUCACUCACCACAUCAACUCCUCCUUGCACACAUCCGGUAUCCUCCAUAUAUCUAGUGUAUAAUAGGUCUCAAGUGUCAGUUCAUGUUUUGAGAGGAUUAGGAUGCAAUGUUUCUUGCCCUAUUUAACUACUGUAGGAGGUAGAAUAGAAGGUAUGCAAUAGGUUUUAUGCAUUUUCAUUGUUUCAUAAUGUCAGUGGUGCAAGUGGUGAUUGUGCUUGUUUGAAUUUUAUACAUUUAUUGCAGUUUAAAAAGUAUUCAAAGUUUUCUUAGUUGAAAGCAUAUUUAUGUUAACCUUGAUAAUGACCUACAGAUAUCAGAAUCUUCAUCUUCAUGUUCCUACUUCCUUGUUAAAUACAUUGACUUUAUCUUUUCUAUGUUCUGAGUUUCCCCGAUGUGUUUCCCUGCUAUUCAUUUCUAUUCCUUCCUUUCAUUGCUCUUGUUUACUCAUCUUUCUUAAAUGUCAUAGGUUGAACCUGCACAUGUACGAUUGAUACUCGACAAGUAUACUUGAUAAUUGUAAUCGUGGGUCGACUUACAGCUAUUUUCAUAGACAAUUAUUACAAAUCUGCAAUAACUCCAUCAUUUUAAAUCUAUCACAAAUUCAAAUACCUCCUCUCUAUGCAACGAGGCCUUCUUUGGCAUCAAAUGUGCACAAAGUCAUCCCCAUUUCGUCCUCGCUGUCAGCCAUUACUUGCUGUAUAUAAGGCUUGUCAUAUCAGAAUCACAUUGCCCAUCAGCUUGUCUGAUUUCAUGAUCCUAACUCUUUUGUUUUGUCUUGAUAUUGAGGAAGUGGUGUGCCACAAAUAUUGUAUGUGCAAAAGUUUACAUGUACAAUGUAUGUGCAUGCUCUUUUGGCAUGAUUUCAUAUUAUUGCCACUUUUACACAUGAAGUCUCAAGUGGCGAUAAUAAGACAAGGAACGCGUUGGGGAAAUUAUGAGUCAUCAUGUUAAACAAAUUGUAUAUUUAUUGAGAGCACAUUUUAUUGCAUGCUUUAUGCAUGCUGCGUCUGCACUGUUAACCAGGGAUUGGCCCUUUUUGUAUGAACCAUGGCCUUCGUACCAGUUAGGACAAGAUUACUUCUCCCUGGCUCUUCAAUUGUGAUUGUCACAAAGACAGCGCCAGACUGACUGUAAGUAACGAGUUGAUUUGUGGUAUAUUCCAUCAUCAAUUCCCAGUUAAAUGUGCAGUUGCAAUAAUUAUCCAAUAGAUAUUUGUGUUAGCAAGCGUAAUUAAUCUAUGCUUGGUGUUAGGUAUUAAUUGAUUCAGAGAUUUUAAAUUUUUUAUCCAAGUGUUAUUGAAUUUGUUUGUCAUUAUGGUACUGUUAUUUUUCAUAGUUUAGGAAUGCUUUCCCAAAACAUCAUUGCUUGAUAGAGACAGUUCUUGUGUAAUGCUUAGAAGUGUUGUCCAUUGCGUUGAAGCAUUUAGCUUUGGCAUUGAAGGAGGAGUACUAAUGCCUGGCCAACAGUAGUUUAUACAUAUAUUCAUGUGCUGAGGACACUGAUUAUGGUGUCACUCCUUCAUUGUCGGGACACUUCUCCUUUAAAGUGUAUUAUACCCUUGUGUAUUCCCAUUCGCUUACAAUUUAGCAGUUUUUCUUCCGUUUUUUGCCAUUUAAGAUUAUUAAAUGUUUCCGUUGAUAAUGUGCUUGUGCCAGAACGUGUUUGUACAUUACAUGUAAGUGCUGUGAUUUUCAAUUUCAUAACUUUUGUGUCCGUGUUCAUAUUUAAUGGGUAGGGUAAUGACAUAACAUUGUUGCAUCUUGGUACAUCAUGGGUUAAGAUUAAUUGGCUAGGACUAGAUGUGAGUUAACCUUGUACCGUGACCUCAACCCAUGGUGUCUGAGGUCCAAGAUGAACUGUAGAAGUUAGAUGUUUUUUCAACUUCUCUAGAUUUAUAAGAAAAAUAUUUGCACAGAUGAUAAUUUGUCUGGUUUAUCACCAUACCAGUAUCUUUCUAUUGUCCGAACGGAUAGGAUAUGAAAUAUCUUGCAAUGAAAUUUAUGAAAAAAGACCAAUUAAUGUAAGGCUGCAGUGUGGUUGAGUGCUUCAAAUCUUGUUGCUCAUCCUUGGCAAGUUUUAUGAUCAAAUAAAUAGCCAUAACAAUAG